UUUGUGUGUUGCAUAUGAACCUUGUUGACUCAUUGAAGCUUCCUAUACCAUGCUGACACUUUCUGGAACAUUAUAUUUUAGUUUGUCUUUGCAGUAUUGUGUUGUUUUGUUCGGUGGAUGAGUACAAUGCCUUUGUGGGAUUAUGGAUCUCUUUCUUGCUUUAAGAAUUUUAAAAGCAUCUUUCAGGAUGCGACAGUCAACAGGCUGGAGAUUAAUGCAAAUACUAGUCAGUCAUUUUCACCAAUUGACCACCCACUAUUAGAGAACACGAGUGAAGAGUGCAAGAUGAAGGAGGUCCAGAUGAGGGAGGUCCGACUUGGUUCUGGUACACAUACUGUGAGAUCCCAUGGAGCUACAGUUGCAAAGACACACAUGCAUGAUUGGCUUAUGCUUGUGCUUCUUGUCAUGAUAGAGGUCAUCCUCUAUCUUACGCCUCCAUUUUACCGAUAUGUUGGGAAGGAUAUGAUGACAGAUCUUAGAUAUCCUUUGUUAGAUAAUACAGUGCCUGCUUGGGCUGUCCCCAUGUAUGCUGUUCUUUUUCCUGUGGUGAUAUUCCUUGUCAUCUACUAUCAUAGGAGAGACGUCUAUGAUCUUCAUCACGCCAUACUUGCAGGUCUCUUAUUCUCCAUUCUAGUGACAGCUGUCGUUACAGAUUCAAUAAAAAAUGCAGUUGGUCGGCCUCGACCUGAUUUCUUUUGGCGUUGUUUUCCUGAUGGAAAGGAUGUUUAUGAUCACUUGGGAAAUGUGAUAUGUCAUGGUGAGAAAAGUAUCAUAAAGGAAGGGCAUAAGAGUUUUCCCAGCGGGCACACUUCCUGGUCCUUCGCUGGUCUGGGUUUCCUAUCACUCUACUUAUCUGGAAAACUAAAAGCAUUUGACUGUAAGGGCCAUGUUGCAAAAUUAUGCAUUGUCUUCUUACCAAUACUAGCUGCAUGUCUUGUUGCCAUUUCCCGAGUGGAUGACUACUGGCAUCAUUGGCAGGAUGUCUUUGCAGGAGGUCUCUUAGGACUUGUGGACGCUACAUUUUGCUAUUUGCAAUUCUUCCCCCCACCAUAUCAUCCUCAAGGUUGGGGACCUUAUGCUUACUUUCAGGAACUUGAGUCACGUGCCAGUACACAAGCAGAUGCUACUGUAAAUCCACUCAAUGCAUGGCCAAUGGAUUCGCAUGUUGAGAACCAGGGAGAGGAUAAAAAUGGAUUCUUAGGGCUAAAUCUUGCACGUGACUUGACUACGACUGUUGAAGAUGUGGAAUCAGGGAGGAGGUAAUUAUUGAUAGAUACAUAAUUACCAGCCAAAGUUGCUGAAAACAAUGUGUUCAUAUUUCUCGUUUCCUGUAGUGUUCUGUUGUUUGCUUUCUGGGGCUUGCAGUUGUAGCAGGACUGCCCUCCUGCUUUGUCUUUCAUUAACGAACUCAUCCGUUCCUUAAAUUAAACAAAAGCAUAGCACAUGCUAAAUGUAAAUUGGUCAAAAUUACGAGUAAUAUAUACCUUUUCAUCUUUGCUUCUGUA